UAAAAGAAUUGAUUUAUAUAAAAAAUCUGAUGUAAAUCAAGUAAAUAGAUUUUUUAUUUUAUUUGUUUUAAAUCAUGAUUUUAUUCAACUCUUGUACAAAUAUGUUUUGUUACUUUUGUUAUGUUAGUUUUAAUUGCAAUGUUGCUUUCAAGGGACAAGAAUGUACAGCAAGAACUUGCAGAACUCAGACAGAAGUGAAUUACUGGAUCUGGACACCUGAGUAGGUAAAGAAGCACAGCUGCACAAGCAAAGAAGAAACACUACUACCAUGAAUGCCCAAGACUUGUAUGACAAUGUGCUGCAGGGAAGAGAGUCCCAAGAGUGACACCACCAUUGAUGAGAAACCCGAGGACAACCUCUGGCUACAACUGGGCUUUACUGUGGACUCUGAGACAGGUGAGCAUUUACUGUCUCCUAAGAAAAACAUCAGCGGAGGAGACGUGACCCUUGACUCUGUGUCUCCUCUUAACUCUCCGUCCUUCACCCUCAAUGAGAUGGUACCAGACUUCAAUCUUGACUUCAACCUUGAUGAAGCCUUGAAAUUUGUUGGACUGAACUGUUCUGAGACUGGGGAAACUGUCUGGAAGCCCUCAGAGCCUGAACCCACCUCUGACAACAAGGAAAGCCCUGGUAAGGAGGAGGAGGACAGCGAGGACAGCUUAGACACCUUGAACGACACCCUGGACGAUAUGAUCCAGGCCUCCCAGCUUCAUCCUCAACACCCGUGCUCACUACAGGCACCACGGGUGAAAACAUGGAGGUGGACAACAGUGUGGAGAUCCCUCUCAACAAGGCUACCAUCCUGCGGGGACACCAGAGUGAGGUGUUCAUCUGUGCCUGGAACCCAACCACUGACCUUGCCUCAGGGUCAGGAGACAGCAUGGCCCGCAUCUGAAACAUGAAUGACAGCACCACCUCCCUGAACCAGCUUGUUCUGCAGCACUGCAUUCAGAAAGGAGGCACUGAGAGGUUCCCAGUAACAAAGAUGUCACUUCCUUAGACUGGAAUUGUGACGGCACCUUGCUCAUCACAGGAUCUUACGACGGUUACACCAGAGUUUGGAUGACAGACGGCCGACUAGCCUCCAACUUCGGCCAGCACAAGGGUCCCGUAUUUGCCCUUAAGUGGAACAAAAAGGGCAACUACUUC